UCCACUACACGAGAUAUAUCUGGACUGUACUCUCUCUACUAGCUUUUCUCUAUGGUCCUUCUCAACUUCGAGGACAGCUGACACUAAAACUCUUUGAAACGUGUUGAGAAGCCACUGUUGUAGAGACUCUGGAAGACUUGGAGAAGCCCAGCCUCUUCAGACCAGACUUGAUGGGAACAAACUGUUUGGAAAGAGAGGAUGACGGGCUACAAGAACGAUUAAUCGCACAGGAGAAGGCGAGAGACAAAGGGAGAGAGGAAGAGAGCGAGAGACAAAGUCGGAGAUCAUGAUAGCGUACGUGGACUGUCUGUCCCCUGAGCUGGUUGGGGGAGGGGGCGUGAGGGUGGGUGCUCGAUGCUGGAAGGGUGGGUACAGCGAGGACGAGGAUGAGUUGCUUCCUCUCUGCUCGAAAGAUGUCCGAAAGAUGCCCUCCCUGCAGCCCAAGAGCGAGGGCAGUUUGAGACGUCGUCUGCUCACCUCCAAGAUCCACCAGCAACGAGACACACUGUGGGCUCCCAGGCCUCUUGCACAGGGUCUCCCGGACAACCAAGGCCUCCAGGCGACGCAACACAGUCAGGACUACCCUGGCACCGAGCCCCAGGCCAAACCCAGCCCUUCCGGCCUGCUGAUCCACCACCUAGCAGGCUACUCGUCACAGGGUUCCCAGCAACAUAGGCACAACGCAGGCUACUCAUUGACUCAGGUACAGAGGACCAGCUAUUCUCCCCGACCCCCGACCCCCAUCCUGGGUACAGCUUCCCCCUACAACCUCCAGGAGGAGCCAGAUGCAGCCACACUGGAACCCCAGGAUACUGUAACCCAGGAUACUGUAACCCAGGAUACUGUAACCCAGGAUCCUGUAACCCAGCAUACUGUAACACAGCCUACACCACAAGGCCCAGCAGCAGCAGCUCUACCAGGGCACCACAACACUGCACAAGGAGCCAGCAACCCUUCCCCAGGACAGGGAUACGGCCAUACCUCCACCCCCCCGGGACCCAGCUACAGCUCUACCUUAGGGUUUGCGCCCCAGUCCCAGCCCAGCCUCCCCUCUAACCUGCCCCGGCAGAGAAAGAGUUUCUCUCCCUUCAACCUGCUCCGACGGCGCAGCUACAACUCCAACCAGAUCCCCUUCUCACAUACCCCUCAAAGCCAAGACUGGAGAGAGUGUGACAAGAAGCUAAGGAGUGAUGGGUACGGCAGUUCACAGUACUUCUCUCAAAACCCCGCCCACCUCAGUCGUAGCCUAUCAGAGGACAGGCUGCAUGAUGACAAGGCCAGGAAGGACAGAAGACAGAAAAAGAGGUCCAAGCUGCUGGACUGUCUGUCUCAGUCCUGCUUCUCUGCCUGCUGGAGGAGAAAGUCUACAGCGGCAUCGCCAGACGAGGACCUCUUGGCAUAUUCGUUCCGGCCGCCGCCGAGCCCCCCGUUGAACUUUUACGAAGACAUUGAUGACACAUUUAAUGGGGGUGACAUCAUGACUAAUGUCUGUGACCUCACAGUCGCCGAGGAAACGGAUUGGUCCAUGCCCCUCCCCCUGCCUACACCAGAGGAGAAGAUGAGGCAGCAGGCGCAGGCCAUCGCCGCUGACAUAGUACCCAUCAACAUCACUGGUGAAAGUUUUGAGCGUCAGGCCAGUUUCCGGCGAGAGUUAGCCAACACAGACACUGUGAUCCGUCAUCCCCGGAACAAACUCACACGCCGCAAGACCAUGGCCGGAAUACCUGAUGACAUCACCAGAGAUCUGGAACAUGAAGCUGAUGAAGAGCCAGGGUGUAGUGAAACAGUGGUUCAGCCUGGUCAGUACUCUACUUUGGGCCAGAUCGGCAUUGUCAACACAGCCCUGCUACAGAGCACUAUCAUACGGCACUCACAUACCCAGUCACACACGCCCUCACAUGCCCCAGAGGACGGUCAGAUGGGGGAGGAGAGAAGAGAGGAAGGAAGGUUGGACAAGGAGAGUGUGGUGGAUAAGAGAGAGGAGGAGGAAAGGAGAGUGGUGAAGUCAUCAGUGUGUCGGAUCCAGGCCCAGAGAGGACAGGGCAUCUCUUCUCUGAUGGCUUCUCUCACCCCGACCCUCAACCCUGACCCCUCCUUUACUUCUAACCCUCACCCUAACCUCACUCUCAACCCUAUCCCUUCCCUUAAGAUUCAACCUCACCCUAGCCUCACCCCCUCAUCUUCCAUGGACAGUGUCUCCCUGGCGGGUGAAGAUGGGGGGAAGGGCUUCCACAGUAUCCCUCGUAAGGACACCUUGUCCUCUGUGAGCAGCUGCCUUACCACCCCCUACAGGACACUCUGUGACACUGCACCCUGCUCUAUGGACCAUGUCUCCCAGAGCCAGAAGGGUUGGAGCUGCAAAUCCCAGAGUCAGAGCACAUUGCUCAGGGAGGACUGGAGCUACGUGCCCCUUCUGACCUCCAGCCAUUCCUCCCCACUCCACCCUCUCUCCUCCAUCCCCUCCCGCUCUCAGACCGACUGCAGCUCUCUCUGCCCCGGGGAUACAGAGACCGCCGGACACUCCCCCUUGCAGUGGCUCAAGUCCCACAGCCACGGCUGCAUUUCUGCCGACUACGCCACCGGCAACAACCGCUGUCCCCACGGUAACCAAGACCAGCACGGUCUCCAUAGCAACAACUGUAACUUGUCACACAGUAUCUCGCUAAGGAAGUUCAAGCGGCCCCCCGUUCCCCCUACCCGUUCCACAUCGCUAAGGCGUAAACCUGCUCGGGGAAAACUGCUGCGCUAUAAUUUCAACAACCCUGGAGAUAGAGAGGAGGUGGUGGUGACGUUACAGAGGAGUCUCCAGACCCCCAGUCCUGCUCCCGUUUCCCCUCUGGUCUCCCCUGUGGUGUUCGAGGUGUUCGAGGAUCCUUGGGUCCCCCGCUGUCGCAGCUUCAGCAGUCUGAGCAUGGGGGAAAGGGGAGCUGCUGAUACAGCCAGCCAGAUCAACCAGGUCCCUCAUUUCCACAGCUUCCAGGACCAGGUCUACCCUCCCAGCUACCGCCUCAAGCAGCCUCACCACUCUGCGCCCCGCUCAGCCAGUACUGGAGGGCUGAGCCUGCCUAUGGGACCUAAAACGGCCGCUUCUUUUCCAAACAUGGCCACCUCUGCAGGGAGACUGCAGCGUCUGGCUUCCAACUCCAGCGGAUACUACAGCCAGUGCAACACUCUAACAUCUUCCUCACCCCAAACCACCUCCUCACCCCUCACUUCCUCCUCCUCCUCCCCCCUCACUUCCUCCUCCUCCCUGCCCCUCACCUCCUCCCUUCCAAGGACUUGUUCUACCCCUGGCAGAGGAAGGCCCAAACCCCCCAUCCCAGAGAGAAAGUCCUCCCUCCUCUCCUCCCCCUCUUCCUCCUUUUCUUCCACUUCCUCCCUCUCUUCCUACACCUCUGCUGACUCUGCCAGAUACCCCCUCUCCCCCUCUUACCCUCCUGCCUCCCUCACAUACCUGUGCAGUGCGACAGACUCAGCCCCACCCCUUUUAUACACCUGUUACACCUGCCAGUCAUGUGACAUCAUUGCCAGGAUUCCCUCCCCUCCUUCCCCUGAGCUCUUAGAGGAUUUAGACCUCUCAAUCAACAGCCAUCCUACUCCCCCUCCUCCCCCACCUCCGCCACCUCCGCCACCUCCUUCCCCUUACACCCACACCCCUACACCACCUCCCCCUCUCCAGAGCCCCUCCAGAGUGAGUCCAGGAUGGCCCCCCCGCCCCUUGAUCACAACCCAAGCCCUGCAGAGAGUCACCCUGCGCUCUGUCAAGAGGCCACAAGAGCUAGCCCCACAGGAGCUAACUAGCAUUAUGCUAACAAACCCUACAUCAGCUAAUGUCGAACAGAGCCAAGAUAGCAAUGAUGCUACACUAACUAGCAUGAUGCUAACCAAUGCAACCCCAGCUAAUGAUGGCCGGCAGUGCCCAGAGAGCACCGGUGCUAAACUAACUAGCAUUACGCUAACCAACGCUAUGUCAACUAAUGAUGCCCAGCAGAGCCCAGAGAGCAUUGAUGCUAAGCUAAAUGGCAUCACGCUAACCUGUGCCCUGGAGAGAGUGGAGGGCAUGGAUGCCACACUAACCAGCACUGUGUUAGAGAGUGUGGAGAGGAUCAAUGCUAUUCUUACGGAGGCUGAAGAGAGACAGACGACUGGCGUUCAGAAAAUGGCUGCCAAUUCAUCUGGCACUAUGCUAGCAUAUUUCCAAAAGAGACUUGAAACCAAUGAUGCUAUGCUAAAGGCGGCCACAAAGACACCGUCAGAGUCUGGCCCUCCUUGCUCCACACCGACCACUACUCAGCAGACUGACAGAACCAGAGAGUCUGUCCCUCCCUGCUCCACACUGACCACUACUCAGCACACUGACAGAACCAGAGAGUCUGUCCCUCCCUGCUCCACACCGACCACUACUCAGCACACUGACAGAACCAGAGAGUCUGUCCCUCCUUGCUCCACACCGACCACUAGUCAGCAGACUGACAGAACCAGAGAGUCUGUCCCUCCCUGCUCCACACCGAUCACUACUCAGCACACUGACAGAACCAGAGAGUCUGUCCCUCCCUGCUCCACACCGACCACUACUCAGCAGACUGACAGAACCAGAGAGUCUGUUGGAACAGAAGACGCCCUCCGUCCCUCAACAACCCCACAGACGCCUAGAACCCCUCAGAAGCCUAGAAUCCCAGAGAACCCUAGAACUCCAGAGGCUAUAAUGAUAGAGAAGCCUAGAACACUGGAGAAGCCUAGAACACUGGAGAAGCCCAGAACACUGGAGAAGCCUAGAACCCCAGAAAAGCCUAACGUGGUUGUUCUCUCUAGGCCACUGAGAGCAGUGGUUUUAAGUUCUAGCUCUCCUGCUGUGAACAGAGGACCAGCGUUACAGAACGGAGAACACACGCCUCGACAGGAGACCACACCCUGCCUCACCAAUGGCCAACUAGAACACUUAACGUGGGCAAACACACUCACACACUCCCCUGCUACCCCCUCCUCCACCCCCCACAAAGAGAAGCCUCCUGUUGCCCUAAAGAACCCUAAACGAUCUCUACUGAGGACACACCAGACAGACACACCAACCCCACCACUCGUACUGACAAGUACACCUCCACAGCCCUUUGUCCCAGAGACAUCACCCUUUCUGGGGAUACAAUUGGCACAGACAGAGUCCCAGACCGAGACCCAGCCAAAGCCAAAGCCUGAGUACCCCUUCCUGAAACGCUACCAGUCAGAAUACUAUGUAGCGGAGUUAACAUCAAGGCCCUGUCCUCCAGCACCCUGUGUACCAAAAUUACCAACAAGGCCCUCUCCUCCAGCACCCUGUGUACCAAAGUUACUACCAAGGCCCUGUCCUCCAGUACCCUGUGUACCAGAGUUACCACCAAGGCCCUCUCCUCCAGCACCCUAUGUACCAGAGUUACCACCAUGGCCCUGUCCUUCAGAAGCCUGUGUAGCAGAGUUACCACCAAGGCCCUGUCCUUCAAAACCCUGUGUACCAGAGUUACCACCAAGGCCCUCUCCUACAGCACCCUAUGUACCAGAGUUACCACCAUGGCCCUGUCCUUCAGAAGCCUGUGUAGCAGAGUUACCACCAAGGCCCUGUCCUUCAGAACCCUGUGUACCAGAGUUACCACCAAGGCCCUGUCCUCCAGCACCCUGUGUACCAGAGCCACAGCAGGAGUCCUGUCCACUGGAGAUGGAGACAGAUACAGAGACAAAGCUAGAGAGUGGCUCUGUGCCAUACACAGAGUUGGGGAGAGCAGAACCUGAACCAGAGGAGAUAUGGGUGAUGCAGAAUGAAGAAGAGAAUGAAGAGAGAGAGAAUGUGCACAUCACACUGAUGCUGGGGGGGAGAGAGGAGGAGGACAGACAGAGGGGAGCCAUUGAGGAGGACAGCAGAGAUUCUGGAAGUUUCUUUCCGGAAGAGAAUAGAGAUGCUCUUAGCAGUGGACUGUCAAUUGAAGAGGGGGAACUGGAGGAGGAGAGGAUGGAAUGGGAGAAGAGGGAAGUGAGGCGCAGUCUGGAGACAGACGGGGCCAGCAGCUCCACAGGAUCCCUGAGCUCCAGAGAGGACAACGGUGAGGUGUUUGACAUUUCUUCAGUGGAGAAGAUGGUUCACCAGCACGACCGCAGACUACUGAGGACCUGUUUGCUGCCAGACACAGCAGUGCAGUCUGGGAAGUGUCUUCUCAUUCUCCUCCUCUUCCUACUCCUCCUCCUCAUCCUCUCCUCCAAUGGCCCUAGCCCCACCCCUCUGCGACCUCUAGAGGUGAUAGCAUCCACUAGGGUGAGAGGUCAUAGGUCAGGGGUCAGCAGCGGCAGCUUCAAGGCUCUGCUCCUGAGGAAGGGAAGUCGCUGCGACUCUGGAGCUCGCAUGCCUGCAGCUGAGAGACUCCGCAGUACCGCCCCAAAACACCAGAGUCCGCCACCACAUAGCCAGAGCCAAUCAGACACACACCUGCAGUUGGGAGUGAAGUCACACACCCACACACCUCAUCCCUCUCCACACACGCACACAGUCCAAGUCCAGCUCCCAUCCCUAGAAGUACCCCAGACUCGUACAGAUAGAGACACAGGAGGAAGGAAGAGUGGGCAAUCACUGAGCACCUGUUCCCUCUCCCCUUCUCAUCCUCCCCAUCCUCCCCCUCUCUCUGGGCGUGGCGACCCCCCGCUCCCCCACUCCCCCACUCCCCCUUGCUCAGCCAGCCGACGUUUUGCUGCCUGCAGCCGACUACCGAGCAGCCCAAUGACUGCCAUCCAGGAACAAGAGGGGGAGGGGGACGGCGAAUCACUGGAGAGUGAGGGGUUGUCCGAGACCAUCGAAUUGGCCCACGAUUCACACAAGACUUUUGGAUUGGUCAAGCUUUCUGAUGGAUAGACUGAGGCUACCAAUGGCAGCCUUGAUUGGCAGGAGAGCAGGACUAUGGAGAGACACGAGGCCCUGUUCUCCCUCCCCAUUUCUCUCUCCCUGGAGGGCAACGGAUAGAGCACCAGACAGGGGACUCACUGUCCUGCUCAUACCCAGGACAGAGGCUCCCGUCUGGGGCCAAGGGACUUUAUGUGUAUCCUGCACAUGGGGGAAACUGAUUGGACGUCAAGUCAACUGAAACAUCCUGUUCUCCAGACUGGCUUUUGUUAUAGGAUGCUUGUCUCUGUUAAUAGAUUACAGGACAGUGUAAAUGUUGUUUUCCGAUGUGUUGCUUCAGUCCUCUGUCUAGUUUUAGUAUGUAGCGGUAUACAGUUUGAUAUUCAUGUUAAACUGUAUAUUUAAAAUGUAUUCUGUGGUUUCAGUUACCAAAGACAACGUGUCACUCCCAGUGAAUCGGCAGCAGGGGGACAUGUCUGAGAAUGUAUCCUUGAUUAUGAUUGGCCUAUUGUUAUCAUGAUUGUGAUUGGCCUAUUGUUAUCAUGAUUGUGAUUGGCCUAUUGUUAUCAUGAUUGUGAUUGGCCUAUUGUUAUCAUGAUUGUGAUUGGCCUAUUGUUAUCAUGAUUAUGAUUGGCCUAUUGUUAUCAUGAUCGUGAUUGGCCUAUUGUUAUCAUGAUUGUGAUUGGCCUAUUGUUAUCAUGAUUGUGAUUGGCCUAUUGUUAUCAUGAUUGUGAUUGGCCUAUUGUUAUCAUGAUUAUGAUUGGCAUAUUGUUAUCAUGAUCGUGAUUGGCCUAUUGUUAUCAUGAUUAUGAUUGGCCUAUUGUUAUCAUGAUCGUGAUUGGCCUAUUGUUAUCAUGAUUGUGAUUGGUCCAGAAAUUGGAAGAAUGGAAUCUGCUGAAGUGAUUUAUAUUUGUAUUAUUUUAUACUUAAUCCUCUAUUCAUGUUUUAUUUGACUUUAAGAUAUAUAUAGAAUGUAUUAAGUACAUGCUUUACAUUGCAGAGUUCUCCUUUAUAUUACUGUACCUUAAUAACUGGACGUUGUACAUUUUGUGACACGUGAUUUCGGUAGAGGGUUUAUUUGUGUUUUUCUAGUCUGUUUAUUUGAAAACUGUGAAUAAAACUGGGCCCACUGUAUAUCAGCGUUAUCACUGGUGAGGUCAGGGGUCAGGGGUGGAAUGUGGAGAGACUGAGUUUCUAUGGAAUAUAUGACAUAUCUAGAGGGAUAGAGGCAGAGGGAGAGGGAGAGGUGAAGGCUGAAUGUUGACCCGGGACUGUGAAUUUAAAAAAAAAUGAAUUAAAAAAUAAAUAUAGUACAUAAUUACAGAUCCCUGUAUGAUUUACACACACACACACACACACACACACACACACACACACACACACACACACACACACACACACACACACACACACACACACACA